AGUUCUUUCCAGCCAUGAAGUACUUGGGAGCGUAUCUCCUCGCCACAUUAGGAGGGAACAAUUCACCCACUGCUAAGGAUAUCUUAGCGAUCCUUGAAUCUGGAGGACUCGAUUGUGAUAUGGAGGAUGCCAACAAAGUUGUAGACGCAUUGUCAGGAAAAAACAUCGCAGAGGUCAUGGAGGAGGGAAAGAAAAAGCUGUCUUCAGUACCAUCCGGAGGCUCAGCUGCACCAGCCGCUGCUCCCGCUGCCGCUGCCGGAGGAGCUGCUCCCAAAGCCGAGGAGAAGAAGAAGGAAGAGCCGAAAGAGGAGUCCGAUGAAGAUAUGGGAUUUGGUCUAUUCGACUAA